CGAUCGAGGGUUUCCUCGAUCGAUUCGAACGACCUCUCUACCUCUUCGCCCUUUUUCUCUCGAAGAAACCCUAGCGAUCCCCUUCUUCUUCGUCUUCUUCUUCUCCGACGAUCUUGAGCGAAGAUGCCGGCGACGGCGGGGAGGGUUCGCAUGCCCGCGAACAACCGCGUCCACAGCAGCGCGGCGCUCCAGACGCACGGCAUAUGGCAGAGCGCGAUAGGCUACGACCCCUACGCCCCCACCAACAAGGACAAGCCCGACCCCUCCAAGCCAUCCUCCGCUCCCCGCGGCGGCGGCGGCGGCGGAGGCGGUGGUGGUGGGGACGGCGACGAGAACGCCUACGCCAGCUUCCAGGGCCUCCUCGCCCUCGCCCGCAUCACCGGCUCCAGCGCCGACGAGGCGCGCGGCGCCUGCAAGAAGUGCGGCCGCGUCGGCCACCUCCCCUUCCAGUGCCGCAACUGCCUCAGCGUGAAGGACCAACAAGACGAGAGGGACGAGGGCGCCGCGAUCCACGCCUUCGACAGGAUCAAGAAGGCGAGCGGGUUGAAGGAGGCGGGGGAGAGCGACGAGUCGGAGGAGGAGGAAGAGAGCUCGAGCUCGGAUUCGGAUGUGGAUCCGGAGAUUGAGAAGAUCAUCACUGCUCGCUACGGUAAGAAGAGCAAGAGGAGCUCCGCUUCGGCGGCGAGGGGGAGAGAGGAGAGGUCCGAUGAUGAGAAGGAGGGGAGCCGCAGGAGGAAGGGCCGAUCGAGGCAUAGGAGGAGCGGGAAGAGCUUGAACAAGAGCGAUGAUGAGAUCGAUAGCGAGGACGAAGAGAGGAGAAAGGAGAGGAGGAGAAGGUGCAGGGAUUCAGAGGAUGAUGAUGACGACUAUAAUUAUGAAAAGAAGCAUAGGAAGAGCAGGAGGGAAAAGAAGAGGCGGAGGAGCCAUCACAAGAGGAAGGACUCUGAUGAGGAUGAUUCGGAAGGAGAACCAGAUAGGCAUUCACGCCAUAAACAAACGAACAGGCGGAAGGAUGCAUCAGCAUCGGAGAGUGAUUCUGAUAAAAGUGACGAGCCGUCGGAUGAUCGUAAGAGGUCCAGCAGGCAUAAUGAGCGCCGGAGGAAGAGGAGAGCGGCUUCAUCGAGCGACUCUGAAAUCAGCGGAUCGGAUUCUGAAGAAGAGCCGCGAGGCAGGAAGGAGAAGAAGCGAUCCGAGGAGAGGAGCAGGAAGCAUACAAGGCACGAGAAGAAUUGAUUGGCUGGAUGGUAACUUGCUCGUCUCUCUGUGAUUUGCUGGUAAUAGCUUUAAUUGGAUGUUAGCAUUAUUCAAAUCCUGUGCUAUGGCUUUGUUAUCUAUCUGGUAAUUUGAUUGCCAUAAUUGAUAUGAAUGUGUUCAUCUAGCCGUAUGUUAUGUUCAUUUCAUAGAAUGAAGCUCUUAGUCUACACCAUGUUAUUGGCCUUUCAUAGUAGGGAGGUAAUUCGCCAGUAAGCUGUGCUUGAAGCGUAUUGAUAUUAACUAUUUUGAUAAUGCAUUGAGUGCUUAUUUUGUUUAGAGGUACUUGCAUUUGAGCGCCGUCAUGUUUGAUGAUCUUUUAUGAAUACAGUAAUCAAAGUAUAAGAGAUUAACUCUCGUUGUAAACGAGUUCUUAUGAUAUCAUCGUUUUCGUACUUUGAAUUAGGAUUCUUGUUGUUGUUGCUACCUUGUGUAUUUUCCAUUUGUGAUUCACUCGGUAAAAGUUGUAGGUGAUAUAUUAGGAUUUAGGGAAGUUGUUUAUAAAGAAUUCCUGGUAUUUCUUGUUGUUGGUUGUUGCAUUUUAAAUGCUCACGCAGAUCAACUUUCACUAAUUAUUAUAUAGCAUGAAUCUUCGUGUCCCUUUGAUGAGCUGUUUGCAUUAGGGAGAAUAUGAACAUAUCAGGAAAAUAUGAACAUAUUUAUCUAGACAGAGACACAGAAUGCCUUCGUCAAAAUAUCUCCUUUACAAGUAGAAUUUGAAUCCUUGCCCCUCUCUUGCUUUGCAACUUCAUUUAUCUGGUCACAGUGGAAUGACCAUGGUGCUUCCACUUCUAAAUAUGAAGUUCCACGUUAAUGAAACUUGCUUUGUUCUCAUUGACUAGUGAGAGUGUUGAGAAUUUUUUUUAGUCUGGUUUUCAAGUAGCUUUCUAAAUUAAUAGGAACACCUACUACAUUUGCUCAUAAAAUGUAUGGCCACAAUUGGUGUGGUAUACUCCAAUUGAAAUUUGAAAAACACAAUGGAUUUUGUGGUCUGCAUAAUAUCCUAUUACUUCAACAUGAAUAGUAUGUAUUUAGAUUCUCUGGCUUGUUUGAUGGCCAAAAAAAAAAAAAAAAAAAAAAAAAAAUCCAAUUAUUAGUACCUUAUUCUGUCCCGAAUUCAAGAAAUUUGAUUUAUUUUAAUGAGUUCGGAUGGUCAUUUGGCCUGUUGAGGAACCUGUAUUAAUUUGUCGUUAGUACAUGAAAAUGUGCUUCUAGGAUCUUGAACUCAUCAUCUAUUGUAUAUUGGUCAAACUUGUACAGUUCUAACCUCGAAACUAUUCAAUUCCUUGAAAAAUAUUUAUACUUUAUUAUAGGGCUUGUUGGAAGAUCAAUGUAUCAUAUCCUUCUCUUUUAAGACUUGCUCGUCGGAGACAAUAGCAUUACUCUGAUGUUGUGCACAUAUAAUUGCGGGGCACCGUUUGAUCAGCUUGCAUUAAGUGAAUAGGUCUUCAUGUUUCGCAUCUCUCUCUGUUUAGUAGCCUCAACUCCAUGCUUUAGCUCCAUUGGUUGUGGAAUUCAGGUCAGUUUUGAGCACGAGAAAAUGAUCGGUUCUUGCAGCAGCACUAAUAAGUGUUUUCUUUUCUCCACAGAUGUUGCUUGCUUCUGAUUACUUGCACAUGCAGGUUUACUGAUCAACCCUCAUCAGCUGCUGCUUCUAGUUACUCGCACACUUUCGUUCUUCCGGUGUAGUCAAAACCCAGAGUGGAUGUGAAUCAUUCUUUUGGACAAACUCUACCGGACGAGUCCGUUGGAGUGAUAACCAAACCGAGUCUUUGGGGAGUAAGAGGCAAUUGGGUCGUCGGAGAGGAGCAUGCUGGAGGAGCAGGAGGACACAAAAUAAGAAAGAAAGAAAGGAAUCUUUGGCAGGUGCAGAGGUUGCCAAAAGGCCGGCCAUUCUGCCGUACUUUUAUCAACCAACAAUCGCGAUAACAAUCUUCAACUGAAGAUGCAGAACGCAAAGAUGCAAGUACCGCAAAGAGGCUUCUAUAUCAUCACCGCCUUAGCCCAAAUACUCAAUUCCGAUGUAAUUCACAAAAAGAGAAACCAUCAGACCAAGCAGGAGGACUAGCAAAAACAAUAAUAAAUGAAGAAAAGAAUUUGGGCAAA